GCUGCGGGUGUCAUCCUCCCUGAAAGUCUGAAGUGGCUCAGCGGCUACCUCAGACGCGCGGUGCCCUGCCCUAGCUGGGGGAGCGGUGAGGAGGACCCCGGGAGACCCCCGAAGCCGAGAAAUGGAUUUCUCUUACUUCUCCAAGUUGAACUGGACACACCUUAAAGAGCAAUAUGACUUGUAGUGACCAGAGUAAAAAUAUAGACCAAAAUCUACAUGUUCAAGGACUCGGUAGCCUUUGAGGAUGUGUCUGUGAACUUCACCCAGGAGGAGUGGGCUUUGCUGGAUCCUUCACAGAAGAAACUCUACAAAGAUGUGAUGCAGGAAACAUUCAGGAACCUGGCCUCUAUAGGAAAAAAAUGGGAAGACCGGAACACUGAAGAUCAGCACAAAAAUCCGGAGAGAAAUCUAAGAAGCCAUAUGGUUGAGAGACUCUGUGAAAGUAAAGAAGGUAGUAAGUGUGGAAAAACUUUCAGUCCAAAUCUCACUUUGGCAAAGCAGACUACUGGAGUAAAACCAUAUGAAUGUAGUGUGUGUGGAAAAGUAUUCCUGCGUCGUUCAUCCCUUACAAGGCAUGUGAGGUCUCACACUGGACUCAAACUAGAUGAGAAGCCAUAUAAAUGUAAGGAAUGUGGGAAAGCCUUUAGUUAUCUCAAAUCUUUUCAAAGACAUGAAAAGUCUCACGCUGGAGAAAAACCCUAUAGAUGUAAACAAUGUGGAAAAACCUUCAUAUAUCACCAACCCUUUCAAACACAUGUACGUACUCACACUGGAGAGAAACCCUAUCAAUGUAAGCAAUGUGGCAAAGCUCUCAGUUGUCCCAGUUCUCUUCGAAUUCAUGAAAGAAUUCACACUGGAGAAAAGCCCUAUGAAUGUAAGAAAUGUGGGAAAGCAUUCAGUUGUCCCAGUUCUAUUCGAAUACAUGAAAGAACUCACACUGGAGAGAAACCCUAUGAAUGUAAGGAAUGUGGCAAAGCCUUCAUUUCCCACACAAGUGUUCAAACACAUAUGAUAACACACAAUGGAGAUAGACCUUAUAAAUGUAAGGAAUGUGGGAAGGCAUUCAUUUUUCCCAGUUUUUUACGAGUACAUGAAAGAAUUCACACUGGAGAGAAACCCUACAAAUGUAAACAAUGUGGUAAAGCCUUCAGAUGUUCUACUUCCGUUCAGAUUCAUGAAAGAACUCAUACAGGAGAGAAGCCUUAUAAAUGUAAGGAAUGCGGGAAAUCCUUCAGUGCUCGUCCAGCCUUUCGAGUACACCUGAGAGUGCAUACUGGAGAGAAACCCUAUCAAUGUAAAGAAUGUGGGAAAGCCUUUAGUCGUACCAGUUACUUUCGAAUACAUGAAAGGACUCACACUGGAGAAAAACCAUAUGAAUGUAAAAAAUGUGGGAAAACCUUUAAUUAUCCUCUAGAUUUGCAAAUACAUGAAAGAAAUCACACUGGAGAAAAACCCUAUGAAUGUAAGGAAUGUACAAAAGCCUUCAUUUCUCUUGAAAACUUUCGAAGACACAUGAUAACGCAUACUGGAGAUGGACCCUAUAAAUGUAUGGAAUGUGGGAAAGCAUUCAUUUUUCCUAGUGCAUUGCGAACACAUGAAAGAACUCAUACUGGAGAGAAACCCUAUGAAUGUAAGCAAUGUGGAAAAGCCUUUAGUUGUUCUGGUUAUGUUCAAAUACAUGAAAGAACUCAUACUGGGGAGAAACCCUAUGAAUGCAAGGAGUGUGGGAAAGCCUUCAUUUAUCCUACAAGCUUUCAAGGACACAUAAGAAUGCACACGGGAGAGAAACCCUAUAAAUGUAAAGAAUGUGGGAAAGCAUUUAGUCUUCACAGUUCCUUUCAAAGACAUGAAAGAAUUCACAGUGGAGAGAAACCUCUUGAAUGUAAGCAAUGUGGAAAAGCCUUCAGUUUGUCCACAUCCUUAAAAAAACAUGCGAGAAUGCACAUUGGAUAGAAACCCUACAAAUGUGAGAAGUUGGGGAAAGUUUUUAAUUUUAACAAGUACUGUCAAAUUUGUGAAAAUUCCCACCAUAGAGAAAUCCUAUAUAUGUAAUUAAUGUGGAAAGCUAGAUGCAAGGUAAUUCAUGUACAGUCAGAUGCCACAUAAUGAAGACCACAUAGACGUCAGUGGUCCCAUGAGCUGAAAAUUUUCUAUCACCUAGUGAUGUCCUAGCAGUUGUAAUGUAAUACAAGACAUUACUCAAGUCUUUGGUGUUGCUGUUGUAAACAAAUCUGCAUUUCCAGUUGUGUGAAAGUAUAGCACAUAUCAUAUGCAAUACAUGACGUGGUGAUAAGUGAUUAUAUUACUGGAUUAUAUAUUUACUAUACUUUUAUUGUUAUUUUAGAGUAUACUCCUAUUUAUUAAAAACAAAAAAG